UAUAAAUAAAUACUUGAAAAGGAAUGCUUGUUGUAGGUGUGCUCCUUGUAUAUUAUAUAAUAUCAUAACAUUACGAGUAUUAAUUGUUUGAAAUCUCUGAAGAAUCUCAUCAUAGUGUACACACACCGGCAGUAGCCCCCGUGGCCCUUUCAGAACUUCCCCAGAGGAAAUUUUCUAGUUUUUGUUGUUGUUGUUGUUGUUGUUGUGCACAAGAGCUUUGAAGAGAAUUCGAUUGCGCAUAUACAUUCAUCUUUACGGUACUGUGGCGUCGUUGCCCUGACAACUCAGAUUCGUGCCUCCUCUCUCAUGUAUUGGAAAAAGAGGCAGCGUGAAGAAGUCACAUUCAAUUAAAUACAACGUCUUUUUCGCAACAAAGGUCUCUUAAAUCAGUUUCAGCAGCGGUAAAGAUGGAAGUCCCGCCGGGAGACGAGGUUCAUGGUGGGAUAGAGGGACUCGAACUCACGGAGCUGAAAGCCUCCGACGGAGCUGCUGCCUUCAUGUCCAGCGUCGAGCCUGCAGAGCUGCUGAAGUGUCUGUGUUCAGACUCUCUGGUGACCGUGUCAGAGGGCGGCAGACACCUGGGCAGGUUCAGCGUGACGCUGGAGUUUACCUGGAGGGCCCAGCAGCCCUGUCUGCUGCUGCACGCUCAGAGCCAGGGGGCCAUCGAGGACUCCCCCUGUGGGACCACAGUCACAGCCUACCUAACCACGGACCUGGAGGUGCUGGAGGAAGAUUACCACGAGUACGUCAAGCUGGAGGGCCACAGUUUGGACAAGAGGUGUCGUAUGGUGCAGCACGAUGGACAAAUGUUGAUGGAUAAAGUGACGACUGUAGGGGAGGAGACAACAAAGGAGAGUGUUUCUUACCCCAUGUCUGUCCUCAGAGGGCUGGUUACGGAGGGAUCCAGCCUUCUGCUGAUGCGUUUGUUCAAUCUGAGGCAGAAGGUGCCAGAACACAUGACGUUCCUCUCUCUGGACAAGGGCCGACACAUCAUCCACACCACUUUUAGCGAGCUGGGCCUGAAGCAGUUUGAGGUUGGGGGAGAAUCUGUGGAGGUCUUUGGAGUGGAGAGGGUUGUUCACUCUGUGGAGGACGGCCCCACCACCUGGCACUGCUACUUCCUGGCUGAUGGGCAUCUGGCGAGCAGAGUUCAGGUAGGAUCUCCGGUCACCAUGACGCUCCUGAAGCUGCCAUCACAGGUAGAAAAAGGGUUUGAGAAGAUCCCACUGGUUUUGGAAGAAGACAUGCAGAUGCGCUCCAAGUUCUUGGACAGAAAGGAGGAGCUGAUGGCGGACCACGCCUCCUACCUGAGGCAGCAUCCAGAGAUCCGUGCUCUGGUUUCUGACUUCCUGCAGUUUUUACUGCUGAGGAAACCAGAAGACGUCUUCCAGGUCGCCAGAGAAUAUUUCCUCCCUUUUUCCUGUCGUCCUCCUCCAAAACGGAGCAUGAAAGCCCCCUCGCUCUGAAAACUCCCCACAGUCUCACAUGGUUAAACAGCCUUUUUAUAGCUGUUUGCUAAUUUGUCCUUUUAACUUAAGAUUGUUUUUGUUUUUUACAUUGCACACGUAAAAGUAAAGUUUUUUUUUUAUUGUAGCUUUAUGUUUGACUUUGUGUAGGGCCUAGUUAGUUCCUUUUUUUUCUUAAACCUUAGGCAAACCUUUUUUUUUUGAUGAUUAAGACGUGAAAGUAUGCCUGUUUGUUUGUACUUGUAUUAUUGUCAAUAAAGUUUGGAAGAAAGAAAAAACGAGUCUGUCUUCAAA